UAAUUUAUGCGCUGCUCGCAAAUUAUUUCUCCUCCUUCGCGACUUUCUGUGUCAAAUUGUGGUUGAAAUAGUCGGUAUUUCGGAAUGAAAAUGUGUUUCCAUCGAUUUCAAUUGUUUCAAUGACGUAUAUUGACAAACAGAAGUAAAAGGUUUUCUUCUUGAAGCGAAGAGAACACAGUUUUCUCAAAAAUCAAAGCGGAAUAUGUAAUGAGGGAUAAUUCAUGAAUCAUGGCGGAUUGGGUUGAAUAUUUCUCUCGACACACACCUCCUGGAAACCUGAAAGAAGUGAGGGCAUCUGUCUGUGAAUUUGCAGGUAAACAUCGGGCAGCUGGAAAAGAAAUAGUGUUUGUGACGGUGAGUUGUUAGUCUAUAGCUUUCACAGAUAUUUUAAGAAGAAAACUACACGGGCCGGAAAUCCAUGCAUAUGCACAUACACUCCUUAAUCUGACAUUACGAUUAAAACAUGCAAGAAAUAGUAUAUAUUAUGACAUAAUAAUGUAACUAAAAUUCAUUUUUACUUCCAAGAUUUAGAAUUAAUCGAGUUGCUUUAAGCAGAAUUUUCAUUUUGAGAGGUGUCGAGCUUUUGCUACGAAAUGCACGAAAGCUAGUCGUGAUCAGUUGAGCGUUUCAACAGCGACCUUAUGAUUUUAAUUGUUAAUGUUUGUGCGCAGUAAUUUUCUCGAAGUUCGACAAGAUCUUGAGAGAAGUGUUUAUGUUUUGAUAUUGGGAAUAAAUCCCGCGGCUUUUUGGGGUAUUUAAAAUUUGGAAAUAACAUCGGUUUGUUUGUGUGUAUUUGAGCGUAACCUUGCCUAGAUUAUUUUAAUCCCCGAGAGUGGAGUAUAUUUGCAUCUACUCUUGGUUCCGCUUGUGUGAAUUGCUGUUUGUUCUCAGAUGCUAGCUACGCUAUACUAUUAUAAUGAAAAUGAUACAUUUACAUAAUGUUUUAUCCAUAAAGUAUUCAUGAUUCUCUGAUUAAAAUAUCUGGAAUUUUGGUGCGCAAACUUACACUUGUGACUAGAAAACGGGGACACUAAAUCAGAGUAGUGCAGAUACGAAAUCAAAUUUUCAGCUUAGCAGAACGGAUUAUUCCAAUCUGUGUGUUGUGCUCUUAUGAAUAUUCAGUCAUACGUCGAUCGCAAUCCCAAUUAUUUUGGUGCAAAAAAUUAAAAUAGUAUCAACUUGGAAUUUUGUCAUUUCUCUUUGUGGCCACAGACUCAAUUCCCUGGACACAAAUCGUUAUUGUUAAAUAACCAUAAGGAGGAGAUUUGACUUUUUUACGACAAAUGAAAGUAAGGAAUGUCAUAAAACCAUAGUGUGCUUUAUCCAUCCAUAGAAUGGUUGACAGCUCAUACACUGUAGCCUUUUGAAGGAGAGGUAUGCUCCAGAAACCAUCCAAUUUUUAUUUCUGUCAGUUACCCUUUACACCAUGAUAAUAAUAAUAAUCAUUAUAAUAACAACUUUGUCUAAGGAGGAUAACACACAACAGUAAUUCAACUGAUGAACUAGUGGCCUUCAAUCCUAAAAGUACAGUAAUUAGAAUUAAAAUGUAUUUUAGGAUUAUAAAACUGGUUAACAGGUCUAUAAGAAUGCAAGCUGAAAGCAAGAUAAAAUAAAAUAUGCUGCUUGGGUCAGGUUAAAUGGCAUUCAGACUGAAUGCACUAAAUUUGAGUAGAUGAUACAUAUAAGCAGGACAGCAUCCUUGUAAAUGCAUAAAGACUAAAGUUCUCUUAUUUAACUUAACUUCGUAAUAGAAAGGGAGCUAUGCUAAUUUCUUAAAGAGUUUCAUGCUGUUUGAACAUGUGUCAGCUUCCAAGAUAACCAUCCAUCACAUCAAUUAGCAUAUUCUCCAUACUGUUCUCCAUAUAUUUCCAAAGUUGCUAACAAGGAGAAUUUCUGUAACAAUGAAGAGUUCAUUUAGUUAAUGAGUAUUACCUUUAUUCUUGUGACCUUUAUGUGAGAUUCUGGUGUGAUAUUGUAUUCAAGAUAUAGAUAGCUUUUAACAUAUAAGUUUAUUAUACAAGGUAUUAUGAGAUUCCAAAGAAUCUUUUGUGCUAAAAACUUAACCAUGGUAUGGAACUGGAGGAAGGGGGAUUUUGGGGUGUCCAUCUCCACCCCCCUUGAUAAGAUAAAGUUUUUAUUCAACCACUUACAAACCUUAUAAUUCAGGAGGCAAAAGAAGUGUAAAUCAGAAGAUUCUACUUGUUGUGAAUCUCUAAGUGCUUAUCUGACAAAAUGUCCUUUUCAGUAAAACACAGAGGUUGUUGUUGAGACAGUGGAGUUGGUAUCUUGGAUUUGAUGGAUAGUGACUGCCCCUUAAAAAAAUUCCUCCAGGCUUCUUCAUUUUUUAGGCUGAGAUGAGUGAGCAGUUUCUCAUUUGAUUGUAACUAUUGUUCUUGAUAGUCUGGAGGCACUCGUGUACCACUGGAGGAAAAUGCUGUUCGUUUUCUUGAUAACUUCAGCAUGGGAACCAGAGGAUCUGCUUCUGCUGAGUAUCCUUGAUAAGAAGCUAUUUGUAUGAAACUGUCUUGAUGAGUGAUUCGUCUGUGUUUAGAAAUUGCAACUUAAUGAUGUAUUGUGUUUAAAAAAGAUCUUGUUUCCACCACACAUUUCUGAGAGCUUAUAUACAGUACUUACAGAAUACUGCUGACUUUACAGGUGAAUUUGCUUGAACAGGCAAACUGGCCAAUCCUGGUGAAUGAAACUGAGUGAGUGAUCAAAGUCUGUAAAAGGCUCUAGAGGUUACAAAUUUAGAGCUCCAUAGAUUUAUCAGGUGCUCAGACUUUUCCUUUUUUUUUUUGGUUGCCAAAACAUAAGGAUGAAAUAAUGUUCAUCAUUUGUUGAUUCCUUGACCGUUAAUCCUUAAGGUAUUUUCUAGAGCAAGGUUAUGCUGUGGUAUUUCUACACAGGCAGGGAUCAUUGCGGCCUUUCACAAGGCACUUCCCAACUGAAGAUGUUCUUGAUCUGUUACAACUCAAAGACAUGCCUGAUGGAUCUACUCAAGUUCAAGGUUGGUUAUUUUUGGAUUUUUUUUUCUGUUGGAAAACUUAUUUUCUAGAGAUAAUCAGAGACUUGGUUGCCAGGUAUCAAAUUUGACUAUUUUCAGUUUUUCUUCCUAUCAUUUUUUUUUUAUCUCUAGUGAAUGCGAGCAAAGUACCAAAAUUGACCCAAGUUCUGAAAAUUUACAGACAGGUAUGCAUUACAUUUUGAUACCCCUUGAAUGCUGAUGUUGUGUUGGAAGAUAUCAUUAAUAGUAUAUAAUGGGGCUCUUUGGUGGGAACUGUUUGUGUGCAAGUCCCUCUGGUUUGCCUUUUGAGACAUGACAUGUUCUUAUGAGUCCUAAAUAGAAACACCCCCCCUCCCCACUUCAGGAAAACUCUUCAGAAGUGAGCAUUUUAUAUUUAGGAUUAACAGAUUUUUCUGGCUUACAGUCAAUUUUGCAUUUGGAUAUAAGCUAGGCAAAUGGGGUCCAAUACUCAGAGUCUUAACUUACUGAUAAAAUUUAUGCUAGGAAUAAAAAUGUGUUUUGAAAAGAGACACUUGUCUUUUUUGAGUGCUGCUUUCACUAAGUUUCUUCAUAUGACUUUUUAAUGCAUUUUUCUGAUAGGCACCUUUGAAUUGAAAGCCAUAUUAAGCCAUACAUUACAAGUCCAACCAUGAAAGAAAACUUAGUAAGCUCUUCUAUUCAUUUCAUGUGGAAGGCUUACCAUUUAAUCUGAACUCGAUGUACCAUAAUUUCCGGCUGUUUACCCGUGGGUAAUCUGUUGAUUUUGCAUUUAACAUGCGCCACUUCAGGUAAUAGGGAGGUGCAGGUUAUGUGGCAAUUUUAAAAUCUACUGGUAGUUGAAUUGAAAAAAAUUCUCACCUACAUGCGUUUCCACCUCUCAAAUUAAUUUUAUUGUAUUAAGAGUGUCGCAAAGCAGCACAGAAACAUGAUGCUGACUCGGGUUUAUUUCACACAUAAUUAGUUGCGUGAUGAACAAAUUAUUAUCAGCAUGCAUGAAAACAAAACCUUGAUGGUGACAAAAAUAAUCCAAAGAUAUCCAGUACAUCAGUAACAAAUUUCCAUUUAACACUAGCUUGAGCUGAAGAGAAUUUUCCCAUUUUUUUUAAGGGACUUGUUAGGCUCAAUAGAACUGGAGAUAUCUAUUUUUUUUAGAAAUCGCCAACCCGGCUUUCUUUCAACAAAUCAACAUGGCGCUGAACGAUCGCUCGCACAAAAUGUGGCCACAAAUUUGCAUUCUGUCAAGUAUGAAACUUUGAGAUUUGGAAAUGGGCUGCUAGUGUUUUUACUUUAUAAUUUUAUCAAUAAAGAACAUGCUAAUAUUGAAGAAUUGUGCAUGCGUCUGAAUUUCUUUGACCUUAAACUUGACAAGGAAGCUUUAAAGCUUUCGAAAGUUAGAUUAGACAACUUUUACAAGACUGAAAUGUAUCGCCUUAGUUUCACGUUUUCGCCACCAAAAAGUUCAAUAACAUAACAUGCGGGUUAUCCACCAGUGCAGGUCAUCUGUUGACUUUUUUUCACCAUAUGCAAUAAUUGGCUGGUGCAGGUAAACGGCUGUGUGGGUAAACAGCUGGAAAUUAUGGUAGUCAUUUCUGUUUUUCUUGCUUGUGCGGGAACUUAUUCAAAUUAUGGUUGAUUGUUUACAUUUUUAGUAGAGAUGUUUAAUGUUCUCCAGAUAACUUGUGAUCUUGUGGUAGGUGUGCUUGUGGGUUGAGGAGAGAUUUCAGGGCCAACAGGAAAAAAUAGGCAAGAGGGCAGGAUCCACUAGUUGAUAUUGCUGAAGUCUUCUUUAUACCAAAGUGGUGAUUUAUCAGGAGAUACUUUGAGCUUUAACUAGAAUGGAGUUCCAUAUCUAGGGUGACUUCAAACAACUGGUGGCAGCUGUGAUUAAGGAUUCAAUCAAAUUAUCAAUUAGCCCUUAUAUUGGAAAAUAUUAAAUUGAAAGUUACAAGACCUUUAGUUAUUUUGAUGAUUGUUUGAGCUUUGUUGUGUUUCAGGUACAAACUGCUGGCACAUUGUUGUUGAUUGAGUACAAUAGUUUGUCAGAGUACUUGUUUCUUUUGAGGACUGUGGCCGAGUCUCUAGCUCCUCAUGGACCUGCAGUUAUGAUGUACUUAGCAGCUGCAGUCUCUGACUUUUAUAUCCCUCCUCAAGAUUUAGUAAGACUUCUCUUCUUUAUUAUUUACCAUAUUUUAUUUAAUAAACUCUGAGGCACUUAUGUAAAACUUUCAAUUGCUUAAAAGGAGGGGCACAUACUAAAAACUAUUAACAUGUACUGAUUCUGUGCCAGUUGAAGCUUAAAAGUUUUAAAUAAAGUGGCAAUAGAAACAGAUUUUCCUAGUAAUCCUACUCUUUAAGAAAGUGAGGAAGGACAGAGUUGGGUGGGAAGAGAGUGCUUAUUCAAGGGUUUGCUUGAUUGACAUAAUGGCUUAGGGAUUGGGCACUUAUUCAGCGGAGGGUGCUUAUUGGAGCUUGGGUGCUUAUUUAAGACUAUGAUAUAUGAUAAAAAUAUGUGGCUUUGAAAAAAAAAUGCAUGUACAGGGACAAGUGUAAUUUCUUCAAGAUAAACCAAGUCAAAAUACUUUGAUACAUUUAGGUAAUACUACAGAAUAAUGAUGACCACCAAGCAACAUAAAGACAUUUUGUCCCUUACAAAUGUGUUGUAACAAUAUGGAAGACUAGUUUUUCUAUUUGACUUCCCAUAUUCUUCAGAUUAUUGUUUGUAACAUUCUAACACUGAGCUUUUUUGCUUUAGAUGAUUAAAUGUUAAGCCAUGUGAACAAGCAUAAUGUUAUAACAUGUCAUAAAUCUUCUUGAAUGCUGAAAAAUUAAUUGACAUUCUCUUGUACAGCCAAAACACAAGAUUCAAUCAAAUGCUCCUCUGCAGCUUAACUUGGUGCAGUCCCCUAAAAUGAUGGCACCUCUUGUGAAAGAAUGGAUACCACAGGCAUUUACUGUCUCAUUUAAGGCAAGGAAAUCUUAUAAAAUUAAAGAAUUACUUAGUAUCACUAUUCAUUGCUGCUUUGAGAUCAACUUUUCCAAUGGUUUACUGUUUGAUGAUGGAACCCUUUCAUUCAUAAGAUCAAAUUAACAUUGAUUCUCCUUACCAUCUACCAUGCAUUUUUUGAGAUAACGUUAUUAAGAAUUUGGUUUUAAAUCAUUCCAAAUAUAACCCCAGGUUUAUAUUACUCUAGAUGCUCAUUACCUUCUGCAAUUAUUUUAUUGACAUGGGGAAAAAAAGGAGAAAUUCUCUCAUGGUCACUCCUGGGAGGAGAGGGUUAAGGCAUAUGGCUUUAAUUUAUUUUUAUUAAAGAUGUUUGAGUUUACUUUUAAUUGCUUUUAAUUAUGUCCUUUGUGGUGACACCUCAGGAAAAGAUAUACACAAUCUAUUGGAUGCUGAACAUAGAUUUUCUUCACUUUGCUAUAUCAUAACUACCAAGACUGCCAGCUUCAAUUAAUUAAAAUGUUGACAUAAACUCCUCUUUGGUGUAUAGUUGGAGACCGACAUGAACAUUAUCUCUAAGAAGGCACGCGAGGCUUUAGCCAAGUACUCACAUCAGGUAAUUUUUUUAUAUUUUCUGUUCCCUACUUGUUGAUUAUGUGCCAAUCAAUUCACUCCCUAAGCAACCAAGGGGCAUUUCUGUCAUUUGUGCCUGAGGAGUGGGGAAUUUGAACCUUGCCUGGUUGGGGUCAAGAAGUUGAAUAUAUCUUAAUAUAAUUUAUGUCUUUUAAUAUAGAGGUGUUUAAAGGUAAGGAGUUCACUUCUAUGAAUGAAUGGAUUGGAAGGAAAGGUCUACAUGGUUUAGGUUUAAAGCAUGGUCAAAGAAUAGAAAGUCACUGUCCCUUAUUUUGCCCUCUAACCAUCAAAUUUGGCACUUGGGUAAGGCAUGUAAAAACACUUUUGGUUCCUUAGGGGGUUGGAAGUUGAAUGAACCAAUCUUCAAAAGUUCCAAUGUCUGGGUAGGGGGCAACGUUCAAGCUUGAAAUUGAUCAAACCAUUACUUCUACUGGUUCACUUUUACAUAAGAAUUUGGUGGAGGUGUAGACUGUGAGGUACACUGUAAAUAGCACUUGACCAUUAAGCAGCACUUUGGCACUUGGGUAGUGCAUUUUUGGAAUUUGAGUCAUCCAGUAUCCAAGAGUUCAAAUGUUUGUGUAGGGGAGCAGUGUUGAAGCUUUGAAUUGAUUGACCCAUUACCUCUACUGAUUUACAUUUACUUAAGAAUUUGGUUGAGUAGGAGGCUGUGAAGUAGCAAGUGACCAUUUAGCAGCCAUUAUGGAUUAAGUUCUUAUGAUCAACUCUACUUUACCUUGUUUUUGUAGCAUGUGAGACAUUUCCCAUGGAUCUCUAUUGAGAAUACUUUCAUACUUGUAGGGUAUUCUCACUGUAAUACAAGAAAGUAAUAAAAAAGUCCUCAAAAUCUACAGCAAUAUCCAAAUCUGUAAAGGAAGAGAAAGAUGAAUCAAUUAUACAUGACUGAUCACUAGUUAUUUCUUAGUAUAUUGGACUAAAUUUAAUCAUUUUGUACUGGAAAAAAACCUGUUUGACUGGUUGGCUGCAUAUGCUAUGCUCAGCUAUCUGCCUUAGUUUUCAGGCCUGAUGGGAAAUGUGCAUAAAAUAAAGCAGUUGGAUAAUAAAUAACUUACCAGAUGUUUUGGUGUGUAGUACUGCUCAGUAUUUUGAAUGGUUACAUAUGCAUUUUGACUUUCCCUGACGGCUCUUCAAAAUUCAGCACAACUUAUAAAAAUAAUUAGGGAUACUACACACCAAAUUGUGUAAUUAGAUAAUUAUAUAUAUACCAAUUCUUAAAUUUACUCUAGGUGGUGGUAUCAAACAUCCUACAAACUCGCAAGAAGACAGUUGUGAUGAUCACUCCUACUCAAGAGACAGCUAUAUGGAUGUCAGAUUCUGAAUUAGAGGCUGGUAGAGAAAUUGAGGAAAAGAUUGUUGCUGAUCUUAAGAAAAUGCACCAGCACUUCUAUACUUCUGUUGUGAUGCAAGGUACAUAACAUUUUGGUUAUAAGCUUGCACUUUCACCAGUCUAGUAACUUUGUGGUAUCUUUGAAUAUUAAAACAUCUCACAUAAUGAAUUAACACUGGGACAACUAUUUAAUGCCCUUGAGGAACAGCCUGAUUAAUCUACAGUAAUUUGCUUAUGGCAUGUGGCAUGUGCCUUUACUCAAAACUGACUGGCAGAUUGGGUUCUCUGAAAAUUCAGGCAUGUCCUCUUUUGAAGUCUUCCCUAAGUUGUGAAGAGGAAAAUUAUUGCUCAAAAAUAAUCUCUCUCAUUUUCUUUAUUCUCAGCUUAAUUUUUUAACUAAUAGCAAACUGGCUAACUUCCACAGAGAAAUAGGCAGGGCAGCCUAAAAAAUCUUCAGAAUGCCAGCUCUUAAAACAAAACAUGCUAAUAUAAUUUAUCAUUAUCUUAUCACAUUAGCCAUAAAUGAAUAAUCUGGUCUGUCGGUUCUGCUUAACAGUUUAAUGCACUUACCAAAAAAUCCAACUUGGUGAGUUACAUCUAGCUCUGAUUUGUGAGUGUCCUUAGAUGGUAAGCACUCUUAAAGUAAGAAGAGUCCAGAACUUUUGGCCGUGAUGUUGUCAAGUGCGAUUCACUUAUUUGUCAAGUACUUUCCGAAGAAAGGACAAAAGUUGGUUGAGAACUUGAAGUCGGUAAAGAUAAAUUUACAAGUUUAGGUUUUGGAGGUUAAUCAACCUGACAGCUCCAAUCACCUUUUCAAAAUUUACAAGUGUGGUUUAUUUACUUUUAUUGCUGUAACAUUGGCAAUUAACAUAGAGUUUGUCUUCCUUUUAAGAAUUGAAGGCUAAUUCAGCAUGCUUAAGAAUGUAGUUUUUUUCAGUGUAGGAAUUAAAAGGCUCAAACAAAGUUAGUAAUGCAUUGCUGGAUACUUGGAGGGAGUGCUUUAAAUAAAAACAAGAACAUUUACUGAAUCAGCAAAAGAAGGAGUUUUCCUUUGUGUGGUGUUGUUAUUUCUCACAACUAGCAGCAGUGUUGCCUUGCACUGUCUCCUUUCACACAGCCUUAGCAGACAAACCCACAUUGCAUUUAUUGGUUGGCAUAAGCACUGAUAAUUUUUUAAAUUAAAUUUCAACUGCACUAAGAGUGCACUAUCACUUGUAUGCACUGUCUAUAUUGUCAAAAUUGCAUAAAUGAUUCUAUGUCUAAACAGGUAAUAAUUUCGGAUUUAUGAUUGUUAUCAGUGAAAGCCCUUUAUAACCUGAUAUUUCAUCUCAAGAAACACAUUGGGCUGGUUAUUUACACGAGGUCUAACCCAAACUGCGGUUUCCCGCAAGCAGUGGGCCUCUGGGAUUCUCUGUAAGAGGGUUGUUUUCAUUAAAUAUAUAUCCUUUAACUGCUAGCUUUCAGCCCUCUUGAAACUGUUCGCAAAAAUAAAUUAUCUGAUAAAAGAUUAAGCUAAAUUCAAGAUUGUUUAUAACGCAGUUUUGUUGACAAUGGUUAAACUUUGGUUAAAUAACUGUCCCAUUAAUUUAAUUAACAUGGUGAAGUGCAAUUAGUAUAAAAAGUGAAAAUAAGGUAGCCUGAAAAGUCUAUAAAAAAGUCUAAGGUACACACCAUUAUAGUCCAAGAGCUGUUUUUUUUUUUUUUUUUUUUUUUUUUUGGGGGGGAUCCUUGGACUUGUGUUUAGGGAGAAAAAAUGCAAUGUUUUGAAUUUAUGGCACAACUUUUUCUCUUUAAUCAACCAUUGUGGGGUUUAUGACUGGCAGUCAGCAUCAUGUACUGUAACCAUGGAUAAUGCUUAAAUCAUCAGCUUUUAAAAUUUUUCUAAAAUAGAUAAUCAAGUAUACUCAGUGUUUCACUAGUCUUCAUUGUGGCAAAAUACUCUCUUCUGAAAUUAAUAACCUUCAAAUGAUAAUGGUAACGGUAACAUUAACAAUAAUACUCAUGAUAAUAACGACAAUAAUGCUAAUGAUGAUUGAUGUUUCUCAAAAAUUGAGUAACCCUGUGAGUCAAGACUAAUAAAUACCUCUUACUCAUUUUCUUAGUUUGUACUGUAAGUUAUGAACCAAGUUUUUCUGGGCAGAUUUAUGGCCCAAGUGGGAAACCAUAAAUUUGAGUGAAAAAAAAUGAAGUUCUGUAACACUGUGUGGAUUAAGAAAACAAGGUCGGUGAGAUAUUUUUUAAAUCUGUGGGUUAAAACAGGGAAAACAGCCUGCUUAACAUAAUGCAGGCACUAAGAGAUAUGUUAAAUGGAGUCAUAAAUGGAGAUCCCUUUAAAAAGAAAGUAGGUGGUUGUUGCUCUUAGUAUUGUUAAAACUAACUUUUAAAUACUUACUUGUAACUGUAACAACGCACCAUCUAUUAUUAAUAUAGGUAACACAAGGUCAGUUAUUGGCUCUGAACAACUUUGUCAGAAUACCAACCAGUCAAUACAGUCGAGUAUGCAGGUGAGUAUGUGUGGCAAGUCACUAUACAACAAUAUACACUUGAUUGCAAAAAUGUCGACACCUAAAAAGUUUUACAAUGAAUAGUGAUCCUGUACGGCUUUAUGGGUUAGAUGUACAUGAUUUCCACUGUUGGUUACACACAGGGAAUGAUGAAAGCUAUCCAAGCUUUUCUGAAAGAAAUGAUUUUCCAUGAAUAACAAGAGUGAGUUACUGAUUAUAUAUGAAUGUGAAUAUUUCUCACGAAGGCAUUGGGUCUCAUUGUUCAUGGAUCAUGCUCUUGAGGUGUCAGUAUUUUUUGCAAUUGAGUGUAAUGAACUCUACCUAUGCAAGGAUUCUCUUUUUUUUUUAUCAUAAGAUUUAUGAAUAUUAAAAGAACUAUAUAAAAAAUAAUGAUUUAAAUGUAGUAAAAAGAAUCACAAUGUCAUUGUGUAUGAAUCUUAUUAAGCUUUCUGGCCAUUUAAACUGGUAAGCCACUUGCCACUUCCUUAGCUGAAAAGAAGUUUUAUGGUGUACAAGCUGUAUGUGUAGUUUGAAUUCAGAUUUAAGCCAAGCCAUUAAAUUGGUGACGUGUUAUUUCAAGUUCUCUUAUAUGAUAGAAGACUGAGAAGAAUUACAAGUUAAACUGAUUUGAAGCUUUUUUUUUUUAACCAAAGACUAGGAACUAGAUCUGUAUUUUGUGUGUUUAUUUGGUAUGGUUUCUGUAUCUGGUUUGAACUCAGUGUUUUUGCCAUUUGCUUAGGUGGGCCAUUUUGUCACAAGCCAGAUACAAGCUCUACCUGUUUCUCAAAAUGGAGGUGUAAUUUCUGGGUACUCGACUUACACUAUUCCAACCUCCUCACUUACUCUUCCGGCACCGGUGGUUACACAAAUUCAAGUGGUGAAAGCCCAGGAACCACCUCCUUCACAAGAAGUGAGCCAGACAUCAGUUGAGGAUUUGUCAGAUUCACCAAAUUCCUCAGCACAGAUCUUUGGCACGCUAUCUGAUAGUUGCUUAACAGCUGACAUGAAAGCCUUCAUUGAGUCCUUCCGGGCACGGCGGAUUGCUCUGGGAUACACUCAGGAAGAUGUGGGUAAUGAGCUGUCCCACAGCAAUGGACAUUCCUCUUACAGUCAGUCAUUUAUUUCACGAUUUGAAUCUAAAAACCUUGGUCUGAAGGCUGCAGAAAAAAUGAAGCCAGUUUUGCAAGGCUGGAUUGAGCAAAAAGAACAGGAGUGUGCCAAAGGGUUGAGAAUGUGCAAGAAGCGCAAAAGAAGAACUUCUUUCUCGAAUGAAACUCUUCAGUAUUUGAUUCAUGCAUUUGAACAGAAUCCAAAGCCUAGCAGUGCAGAAAUUAUUGAAAUUUCAUCUAAGUUGGGCCUUGAGCCAGUUACUGUUAGAGUCUGGUUCUGCAACCGAAAGCAAAUGAUGAAACGAAUGGCCUCUGGAAAAGGCCGCCCUAAUCUCUCACUUAAAGCAGAGCUUGAUGCUAAGAAACAAGAAGACCAGAGCAUUGAGAAAGAACCAACAAAACUAGAUUUUACCAACAUGCCAGUUGGUCAGUUCUCUUUCACAGAAGACCGCGUAAAAGCCUUGGUGUGUUUGACUUCUGAGGGAAGCCCAGUGAAAAGUUCUCGCCCUACAGUUUCUACUACUGAUGUGAGCUUUGCCCAAGUGCAUGAUAAUAGUAUUGUUCAUUCAGUGUCUGGAACACGCAACACUGUACCAGAAAACACACAACUCAUUGAGCCAGCACUAAUCAGUAAUGGAGUAGCCACAUAUGAGACAGUCUCUAAUGUACCUUUGACUGAAUCUCAAAGUUGAAUGAGACACUCAAUUCUUGACUUGAAACAGUUUAAGUCUGACAAGUCUGCUGGUUUUUUAUGAUAGGGUGCAGUAAAAACACACUAGUUAGUUAAAGUGACUUGAAGACAACCCUUUGCAUGGAACCAAGGUGUUCGCUGUUUUAGAAGCUGUAGAUCAGUGGAAAACAAGUUUGCUCAUAUCCAUAAAUAGAUGUAUAUUCUUAAUUUUCUAUGACCCAAGAAUUAAAAAAUUGUUGCUGUAUUUGUUUCAUAACCAAGUUUGUGGGAGAAAGUGUCCAGUGUCUACUGUGAGGUUCACCCAGGAAUGAUGCAUUUCUUGCUCUCAACAUGUACAGCUUCAUAUUUCUGAAGUAGAUCUUGGCUAGUAUUUGCUAACCUCGUGGGAACUUCGAAUUAUCUUUGGAUCUUUCUAAUUUAUUCUAAUUGGCUAUUUUUGAUUAAUUUGGUGUAGGUCUCUUCGCAUUUUAACGAUACCUUUUGGGAAGUAAGUGUAAUUUGUUCUUCAUAUAGCUGUUUUAGCAUUGGCAGGUAAUCAUUCAUCUAAGAUCUGGAUAAACAUUUACUUAGGGAAAAGUCCUUUCUGAGGUUCAUGUAGAUGCAUGCAAUUCAGUAUAAGUUUUAAUCAGCCAGAUAGAUAUAAUUUGAAAGCCAUUCAUUUCACACCUUGAUUAUGUACAUGUAGAUUUAAUUGUCCUCAUGUAGUUAUUGGAAUUCUAACUGUUACAUUGUCUUGUCAGUUCCUUUUUAAAUUCAUGUGGUUGUUUGCCUGUCACCUGUUUACUAUUCUCAAGGUGUUGCCAGAGGGCAGGUUCUCAUGUACUUCAAAGAAAUGAAAUUUGUAGAAAAUGUGAUCAAAUUACUUUUUAACUCUCAAGAUCUGAUGGUCAAUUCUCUCCUCUAGCUGUCACACCUCUGUUAGAUGAAAAUAACUUUUGACUGAUAAUUUUGUGAAUUCCCAUUACCUGUUUGGUGGAUAAUGUGUGGAUAUUACAAGGAGAUGUUACUUGACAAUCACUUCUGGAAGUUAAAGGGUUAAUUAAGUAUUGAGACAAGUUGUAAAGUAGCUGGUAAUCAAUUAUGCUUUAAAAGUCUCAUUUCACUUGUGAUUCUUUGUAGAAACUACUUCCACAAGUAGAACAAAAUAUUGAAAAUAAGUGCUGGUAGCUUAUUGUGUAGAGAAUCAAUUUAAAUGAUUUUUUUGAAUGGAAUUUAUGUUCCAGAGAUAUGGGAUAAUUAUUCUCACCUGAUUUUGUUGUGCUUCAAGCACCAUAGGUUUGCUGGUCAGGAUGAGAUUGGUUAGUCAUUGUAAUUAUUAAAUAAGUUGCUAACUAAAUAUAGAGCUGAAGCAGUAAAAUUUAAGUCUUGUUACGCAAAAUUUAAUUCUAAUAGUUUUCCAGCUAGGUAUUAAUAGAAGUUAAUAAUUAACAGCAUAUCAGCAUGUUGCCUUUUUAUUCCAAUGGUCAAUUACAACGUGCCUGAUGAGCAGUAAUAAUUAUUGUUAUGAUGUAGAGGUAUGCUUUUUGUAACACCAGGAAAGCUUGAGUCAAAAUAAAGGUUUUAAACUAACUCAAAUAAGUGUGGGUGAUAUUAUUCAGAGAAACAUAAUUCUUUUUGGGGUAAAAGAAGGGGUUACCAGGGUUUUGACUAUCUUACAAAGUAUUUCUAGAUGAUUGUUCAAUACAGGAACCUUUGAACCCUAAUUCUGAAGACUAUUACACUAGAAAUGCAAA